AUGGCGGUUAAAACCGACAUGAGCAAAGCUUACGACAGGAUUGAAUGGAUCUUUCUACGGGAAGUGCUUCAGCGAAUGGGUUUCCAUGAGACUUGGACAGAAUGGGUAAUGGAGUGUGUAUCCUCUGUUUCUUAUUCUUUCCUAAUCAACGGAGGCCCGCAAGGAAAAGUUGUCCCCUCCCGAGGCUUGCGACAAGGAGAUCCUCUCUCCCCUUACCUGUUUAUCCUUUGCACCGAGGUUCUCUCCGGGCUAUGUAAUAAGGCGCAGGAAAAUGGGACUCUCCCGGGGGUGAAAGUUGGUCGACACUGCCCACCGAUAAAUCAUUUGCUGUUUGCGGAUGACACAAUGUUCUUCGGAAAAUCCAACGCGGCAAGUUGUGCUACUCUCACCACCAUUCUGCUUAAAUACGAGAAGGCGUCGGGGCAGUGCAUAAACCGAGCCAAAUCAUCCAUCACCUUCUCGUCUAAAACGAACCAGGAAUGCAAAAUCAGAGUGAAACGAGAACUCAACAUCAGCAACGAAGGUGGGAUUGGCAAAUAUCUGGGACUCCCGGAACACUUUGGUAGAAAGAAAAGAGAUAUUUUUUCUUCCAUAGUAGACCGGAUAAAGCAGAGAAGUCAAAGCUGGACGACCCGCUACUUAUCGGGUGCUGGGAAGAUGGUCCUCCUCAAAGCAGUGUUGGCUGCUAUGCCCACCUACACUAUGUCAUGCUUUAAGCUCCCGGCCUCUCUCUGUAAGCAGAUUCAGUCGGUGUUGACGCGAUUCUGGUGGGACGCAAAACCAGACACCAGAAAGAGGAGUUGGGUCUCUUGGGACAAACUAACUUGCCCAAAAAGUGCGGGUGGACUGGGCUUUCGUGAGAUUGAAAUCUUCAACGACGCCUUGCUAGCAAAACAUGCCUGGAGACUUCUGCAGGAUCCUUCUUCCCUGCUAGGGAGAAUUUUACUUAAGAAGUAUUGUCACUCUUCUGAUUUUCUCUCCUGCUCAGCACCAAAUGCAGCCUCCCAUGGAUGGCGUGGAAUAUUAGCAGGUCGCGAGGUUCUCAAAAAAGGCAUGGGAUGGUCCGUUGGUAACGGAAGAAGUAUAAAGGUUUGGGGUGAUUAUUGGUUAUCGACAGAGAACCAAGUCAGGCCGAUAGGACCACCCACAGAGCUCGAUCAGCACUUAAAAUACACCACCAAGUCAGGGUACGCUUUGGCAAAGAUUCACAAUGGUAACUCCCUUGAUGAGUUCAAUUGGAAGAAAUGCAUAUGGAAUGUUCAAUGCUCUCCAAAGCUUCGCCACUUUCUCUGGAAACUGAAAAGCAAAGCGCUAGCAGUAGGAGAGACGUUGGCAAAGAGGGGUAUACAGGUAGAGGGUAAAUGUAAGCGAUGCGGUGAACCGGAGACGCUGCUACAUGUUAUGUUAGCUUGCACAACGGCUCAGAAGGUCUGGGAGCUAGUGCCUGCAAAGAACAAACCCCUCAUCACCUCUUGCCAAUCAGUGGAAGAAGUACUUGUAACCUGUACCCGUAUGGUUAAUCUCCCGCCUAUUGGUCUGACUACUCCGUUAUAUCCCUGGAUCUUAUGGGUAUUGUGGACGAGUAGAAAUCAGCUCCUGUUCGAGGAUAAGUCUUUCCUGGAAUCAGAGAUGCUAGAGAAAGCUAUAAAAGCAGCUAAGGAAUGGCAAUCCUCUCUCCCAAUCCGAAAGCAUGUCUCUGUUUCAACUAAAGACUCUCCACUCUCGAACUCUCUUCCACAGGUUCCAGCUAAUACAUACUUGUUAUGUUCCGAUGCUGCUUGGAAUUGCUCUACCUUUGCAGGUGGACUUGGUUGGGUCUGUAAUGACUCACUAGGCAAUCUUGUCUUCCAAGGAACCGAAAAACAACGCUACAUUGCUUCAGCCCUCGUUGCAGAAGCUUUAGCGAUGAAAGCUGGCCUCUUGAAGGCCAUCUCCUCUGGUAUUAAAGACGUCAUCUGCUGUUCAGAUGCUAAAAGUCUUAUCGAUGCAAUCACAGGUACCACGACUGUGAAAUCGCUCCGAGGAUUGCUCCAUGACUUCUGCGUGUUGAGUGCAUCCUUCACUUCUAUCUCUUUCCGCUUUAUUGCUCGAUCUUGUAAUGAUCCUGCGGAUAAGCUAGCGAAAAACGCUUUGUUUGUGUUGUCUAACAAUCUCCAUGAGGUUGAAAACUCUCUUAUGUAA